AGAGUUUGUUACAUGUUAAGGUCAGGGGUGAACGGGGCAAAGUUCGGGAUCGCGGCGUCUGUUCCUUGAUUCCGGUCUCAGCUUCAGCAACAUGUCGGGGCCGAACGGGGAGCCGAGUGUCACUGUGGGGCAGCAGCAGCAGCAGGAGGAGGAGGAUGAAGCGUCUGAGGAAGAAUACGCUGCACUCAAUUUGAUGCUUGACCAGAUCAACUCUUGCUUGGACAACCUUGAGGAGAAAAAUGAUGUUUUAAAUGCAAAACUUCGAGAAUUGCUGGAGUCAAAUCGCCAGGUGAGGAUGGAAUUCAGGCAACAAGUCCAGGCACCAACCCCAAAAGAUUCCCAGGACUACAACUCUCAACUUUGAUCACUGUCUCUGUAUCAAGCUGUAAUAUUACAUGUCCUGCUUAAGCAUUUUAAAAGCAAAUGUUAAUUAGCUGUAACCAUUGCUAGUCUCUUUACUUUCCUGUGACCGAAGCACUGUAGUUUUAAUCAGUGAGUUGCAGUUCUACCUGUGAUAACUUUAUUUACUUUUGACCACUUCCUAUUGGUUUUGGCUUUGAAAUUCCUGUUCCUUUUAGGAGGAAGCUCGUUUGUAACAGAUGUCAUGUUGUGUAUCUUCCACUUGCGAGUUGCAAUAAGAAAUUCUAUUUCAGUGGGAUUCAAAGAUCUAAAAAAGGUGAAUGUUUGACCUGAUGGGAUACCUGAAGUUCAUCUGGUUAGUCCUACUGAUUUGGAGAAGGUCAAACCACAUGAUCAUGCCUCCACUGGGAAAAACAAUAUUUUUUUUUCCUCUAAGUAGCAGUUCAGAGGGUAACACUCACUCUCUUUUUCAUCUUGAAUCACAAGGUUGUAGAUUCAAGUUCCAGACCGGAAUGUCAACACAAGAGACUGAUGUUCCAAUGUAAUACUUUAAAAGUUCUGCACUGACAGAGGUGCUGUCUCUCAAGUUUUAAGCUGUGGCCCUGCCUUCUCAGGUGGACAGCAAUUUCAGAGUCUGAGAGUUUUUCCUUGUGGGCCAACUAAUAUUUAUUCAUUAAUCAGCUUCAGUUUGUCAUUUACUGCAUUGUUGUUUGUAGGAGUUUGCUGUGCGAAAAUUAGUGCUCUAUUAUCCACAUACAACACCAGUGACUAUAUGUCAAAUGUGUCACUGGCAGUCAGGCAGUUCGGGGCAUCCAGUGAUCAUGAAAAGGGCUGUAUAAACACAAGUCUUUUCCUUAAUACAACUUUUUCUUGAAUUUGUAAAUUGAAUUUUAAAAACAAAAUGACAACCUCUGCCAACCAUUCUGUGUUUUUAAAACCUAAACAAUUUUUUUCAUCUUCCUGUCUAUGUAAGGUAUUUUCUCUUGUACAAACUUGCAUAAACUUAUAAAAUGAGGAUUAAUGUGAAGUAAUUUGUUAACUACUGCCACAAAAAUUACCCAAGUCAUCAUCUUUUUCUUUAUGUAAACAUUCCUAGAUUCUGUCCCCCCCCACUUAAUUCAGGUGCUCAGUACAAGAGAAAUUUGGUGAUCAGAUCUGUCUCUCUAUUCUAAUGAGGACCAAACCUGUGCUCAAUCCUUCCGAUUUUACGCUCUUUCUCUUUUUAAUAGUUUUCUUUUUACUGAAUGUUCCUGUAACCUGUUGGAGCUAUUUCUUAAUGGGACUGUUGUGCAAUAUACUGUGAUUUCUGUACUGAAAAAUCUACCAAAUCCUCAGUAACAAUGGGAAAAUGGUUUUCAGGGGAAAAAAAUGUUUCUAUAACAAGUCAUUCUGAAUUUAAGGAUAUCUUGUAAAAUGCUUUUGUUGUUUUCAAUUUAGUUGUUGGCACAUAUGUCAACCCUGAAACCUCCAAAAACAGGGGUCAAUGUAUAUGUCAAGUAUAAAACAUGAACUGCCAGUAUGGGUGGUCUCUACGUUGAAACAUGAAAACAUAGUACUGGUCAUUCAUAUUAAUGUAAAAUAGUUUAUUCAAUAAAUUAAUUGUACAAAACCUUCUAACUACAAUGUAAAUGUUUUAAAACUCAUCAAAGUAAUUGAUUGUGGCAUCCCAUACAAAAUUUUAAGUUCAACUUCACUGAGUCAUUUUCCUGUUAUCUCAGUGUAAGGAUCAGAUAUAGCACUUUUGGUUUCAGAAUCACUCUAUCACAAUAAGCUAUCUUUUUAUGCAACCAGUGAACUAACAUGCCAGAUUUUUUUUGGAAUGACCUGAUCACAGUUUUGCACCAUUAGGAUCCUGUGAAUUGAUGACAAAAUCACACAAGGUAUCACAAAAGUUGCUGGAAAAGCACAGCAGAUCUGGCAGUAUCUGUGCAGAGAAAUCAGAGUUAACGUUUCAAGUCUGGUUUCCUCAGUUCUGAGGAAGGGGCACCAGGCUCGAACCAUUAGCCCUCGUUUCUCUUUGCAGAUGCUACCAGACCUGCUGAGCUUCUGUGUUUCUUUCUGAUUUACAGCAUCUGAAGUUCUCUUGAUUUUUCACGUGAAAUAUCAGUUGGAGGAGCACAUAUAUUCCUACUCUUUGUGAGGUUUUUUUGUGUUUUCCCACUGUGUAUACCUGUUCUGAUCUGUGUGAACUUGAUCCUUGAAUUACUUUCAGGCAUAUAUCCAAAAGUUGAAUUAUGGAUGUCAGGCUCUGACAAUGUAGGUGUGAUUUUUUUUUUUACAGGGGUGCCUCUUUAUAUCGUUGAUUGUAGGAACUGAACUUUCACAAACUAAUAAACUGCAUCAUUUACCUAGACCACUGGAAUGUCCCUUACACAUUACUGAUCCCAUUUAUCCCAGCCUCAUCCAGCCAACCCUUGUCAUGGACAUGCACAUAAGGUACUGCAGGCAAGUUGAUUUGUAGCGCAUUUUUUUGUUUGACAUGGAUUAUAGGCUUUAAUUUUGUUUCCUUGGUCUUGUAGGCUCUCUCAACUAUAAAUCUCAUCGCCUCCACUCCUGUAAUUUUCACUAAACUAUUUUUUAAACCUAUUUGGGCGUGUUGAAAUUCAUGAGCAUUUCAUUUGUAUUGCUUGUGGUAUCAUGAGUACUCCAGUUUUUACCACUGUCUGAUGAAUUGCUGGAAACUGGUAAUUAAAAUAUUUUGCUAAUUACAUGGUAAUCUUGGUCUCCUGCCAUAAUAACCAUUUCUUGCCCAUCCAGUUGCAAUGCCAACAAUCUCUUGCUGUAAAAUAUUUACUGGACUUAAGAUUUAAUUUGGUCUACCUAAGUUUAUAUACAUACGUUGCAUUUCUGGUGACAAUUUUCGUUUUAAGACAUGCUUCUCAAGAUUAGGCCAGUGGCUGGCCCCUGAUUGCAACGGCAUCCUUAGGGCACAUUCCUUCUUCCUGUCUGGCACUAGUUUUUUGGGGACACCAAAUUCUCUUGCUGCAGCAGUUACGUGUGUUAGCAAACAUUAAGACUCUUAGCUCAGAGCAUCAUCUAUUUUGUCAGAAAAUUCAUUUUCUUUGUUCACCAUGCAGGGUGAGCUUUUGUGUAGGUAUCAUAAACUCCUGUGCAUUGCAACUUAGCUUGAAUUGCAUACAAUUAUAAGUAAAUAAAACAUGCAUUUGUGAAAAUUCUUUCAUAGAAUGUGGAAGUAGCUUCUUCAACAGUUAAUCAUUUUCAUUUUCUUAGAUUUUAUAUGCCCACAGAGUUGUGCAGUAAUUUACCAAUCUCUGAGAUUUUGAUUACAGACAGGUUCUCUCUUCUGCUGCUGGAAUUACUAAUAUUUCCUUAAAGGAUGUAAAAGAUCAUUUAAAAAAUGAUUGUUUGUUGCUAUGAAGGAACAACUGAAACAGUGCAUGCUGUUAUUUUGCUGCAAAACAUUGUGAAAAGAGCAGGAGCAGCCUAAUACCAGUAUGUGCACAACAUGUUUGAAUGUUAAUGUAAUUUAGACUAACCUAGGGUUCCAGGUAAUUUGCAGGAGCUGACUGAUUAGUCCCUUUGUGUAUGCAUUUCUCAGAUUGCUGUGUAUAGAAGUAUAAAUAUUUGAUUCUCUUUUCAUAAAGCUGUUGAUUUAAUAUUA